UAGGCGUUAAAAUAAUUAAGCCCAUGACGGAUUUAUCAUUUAAAAAAAUCCGUCUACAUUCAGUACAAAAUGUACCAGGACCUAUUCUCAUUUCAUCACCAGGGUUUUUACCAGAUCAAAAAACUCAUUUUACAGUUUCUCGAGAAGAAAAGUCGAAUGAAUGGAUUGUUGAAGGUGAUUCUGGAGGAAUUAGAUAUCAUGGAUCAACUGCUAAUAAGCGUGGAGAUAGUUUUUUCCAAUAUUGUAUUGCUGUUGAAAAUCAAGAAAAUGAUACAUUUGACAUGAUUCCAGUACCAUUGAUUCAUUUGAAAUGUCAUGUUAAGUCACAAAAGAUCCAUGAAGAUAUAGAAAAGAAUAUAGAAAAGAAAGAUUAUGAAAAGGAAAAAAAAGAACUUGGAGAAACAUUUGGGUCGAAGAAAAUGAAAAAAAUAAUUCAAAAUAAAGCAUUUAAUAUAAUUGAUACUCAACAAUUCGAAGAUAUAUCUUCUCAUAUGAUAAACGAUGUUAAAGAGGUAACUAAAAACAUGUCAAGUUUGGAAGAAAUCCAUGCAAAUACAUAUCCAAAUCUUCCAAUUCCUCCUCCAAAUACACAAGCAACUAAAUUAGAAGAAGUUUAUUCAUUAUCAGAUAUUGUAACUGAACCAGAACUAUUAGCUAUUCACGUUAAAGCAAUUCUUCAAGAACAAAACGAACGAAAUCGUACAUUAUUACUUCCUUUCAAAAAUUCACGAUAUGUUAAUGAACAUUUGUCAAAAGCACUAAAAGCAGAAAAGAAAAACAAGCGUCAUAUAAAAUUACUUUAUUACGUUUCAUUGCUAAUGGCAUUUUAUACGAAUCGUCAUUUAGUAUCAAAAAAGGAACUAUUGAUAAAAAAAUUAGGGGAUUUGCCUUUGAUUUUAAUCGAUCAUCUCAUUACACGAUUUUCAGAGUAUAUCCGUUCAGGAACAAAUUAUGAAACAAUCCAAUCGGUUAUAACGUCUCAUGGAAUGGACAAAAUUUUGUGUUAUUUAUUUGCACUUUGUUUAAUUAUUGAUAAUUUUUCUGUUGAUAUAAAUCUUUUGGCACAAGAUCUUUCACUUAGUACUCAAAAGUGCAAAGGAUUGUUUAAGACAUUAGGAUGCAAAAUUCAAGGAUGCACAGAAGCUCAACGACUUGCUAUGAAUCUUUCCAAAGCAGAAGUUAAAUUAUAUAAAAGAGCAGUUCUUACAUUACCCUUCGAAAUUGUAUCAAAAAAACAGAGGAAAUUAAGAUAA